UUCCUUAUUUGGACAUAAGUUAAGCUUGUUGACAAUAACAAAAUGGCCGCGAUGAACAUGAAAUGGACAAGAAGAUGCAGGGAAGAUGCUUGCUUAGUGCGUGUAAAAAGAAAUAAAAAAAGACAUACGAUGAUUCGUUCUGUCAUUUUCUCAAGAUCGCCGGGCUGGACAAAAAUUGAACGAACGUGUAUUUAAAGUUACAUCGUCUCCAAAUCUUUGGUAAGCACUCUGAUAGCGUAACUUACUACCAUGUGUUCUGAAGAACGCGUUCUCUUAUAGUUUGCGUUCUGGAGAACGCUUUUUUUUCCAUUUUUGUGAUUCGUAACCGCUCCGUAUGCGUUCCAUUUCCGUUUGGUGUCCGUUCUGUAUCCGUUCUGUACCCGUUCUGUACCCGUUCUGUUCGCGUUCUCGUACCCGUUCUGUAUCCGUUCCGUUCCCGUUCGCAAACGCGUUCCCUGUUAGGUUUCUUCUGAUCGGUACUGUAGAAAUAUAUGUACGUCUCUGACCUUUCAGUUUAAUACCUUCUACUCCUCUGACUUCUGUUAUCUUGUCUACAGCCUACAAAACAAUUUAAUUUUCUCUUUCAGAUGUUUGAGACCAUCUUUGAUGGUCGCUAUAUUGUCUUGUUGAUGGGACUAUUCGCUGUCUAUACUGGCCUUAUAUACAAUGACUGCUUUUCCAAGUCGUUCAAUAUCUUUGGCACUGCAUGGGAUCUUAGUGUAGAUUGGGAUGGCAUCAGCAAAUCGACCCUUCGCUCGUAUGGUAAUACAUCCAAAGACAUCAUGCUUGACCCGAAGGAGACCUACCGUGGUGUACCGUACUUCUUUGGUAUUGAUCCAAUAUGGCAAGUUACUGUGAACAAACUCACAUUCACCAACUCUUUCAAAAUGAAGCUUUCUAUUGUGUUUGGUGUUAUACACAUGAUGUUUGGUGUUUGCCUGAGUUUCUUCAAUCACAGACACUUCAACAAACCCCUGAAUAUUAUUGCAGAAUUUAUUCCUCAGGUUAGUAUAGUUUUAACUAAAUUGCAGAAGAGAAGUUUCCUUUAUUGCUUGAGCUCAGAUUUUUUUACCAUUCCAUAGAAAAUAGAGCCAAACGUAUAUUUUGACGGCAUUGCAUCUAACCUUCCUAUCACGCACCACACGUAUGUCUCAUUGAUUGUGUAUAGUUAUGCAAUGCCCUCUUUUGGUAUACGUCUUUACUGCGGAACAUCCUACUUGCCACUUGCAUUUUCUUGCUAUAAACACCCAGUAAAGGCUCCAGUGUUUACGGUGAAAAUACAAGUGACUCGUGGGAUAUUCGAUGGUAUACCACUCGAAAGCGUUGCUAACUAGUAUAUACU